AUGGCGGGAUCCACUCAGCAGGUCAAUGGCCUCCUUGUGUUGGGAUCUUCAGAGCUGGAUGCAGCACUCCAGUCUGAGCUGAGUGACGGCAUUGCAGUCCUGGUGGGGAGCAACGACAGAGUGCAGGGGAUAGUCACACAGCUGGAGGAGACUUGCAAGACAGUUGAGGAAUGCUGCAGACGACAGAAAGAGCAGCUGUGUGAAAAAUUCGAUUAUCUCUAUUCUGUACUGGAAGAAAGAAAAAAUGAGAUGACACAAAUAAUCACUAGAACCCAAGAGGAGAAACUGGAACACGUCCGGUCCCUGAUGAAAAAGUAUGCGGAUCAUUUGGAAGCUGUGUCAAAGCUGGUGGAAUCAGGAAUCCAGUUCAUGGAAGAACCAGAAAUGGCUGUGUUUUUGCAGAAUGCCAAAACAUUGCUACAAAAAAUUACUGAAGCAAAUAAAGGAUUUCAGAUGGAAAAAAUAGAGGAUGGUUAUGAAAAUAUGAACCAAUUCACAGUAAAUCUCAGUAGAGAAGAAAAGAUAAUACGAGAAAUUGAUUUUGACAGAGAGGAGGAGGGGCAAGAGGAAGAGGAGGAGACAGUGGAUGGUGAAGAUUUGGAUGAAGUCCGCACAGAGUCAUCAGGAGAGGAGGAGGAGGAAGAGGUGGAAGAGGAAGGAGUUGAGAGAGCAUUACAGCCACCUCAGCAGGAGCUUGAACUGCAGAGCACAGCAGGAGAGACCCCAGCCCCACCCACUCCAGUGCCUCUGCCCUCUGCCCCGACUGAUCAGGAUGAGGUUGUGACGCCAAGUGGUUCUCAACAGACCUCAGAGUCUGACACUCAAGUGCCAGCCACUGCAGAAACCAUCGAUCCCUUGUUUUACCCUAGCUGGUAUAAGGCUCAGUCACGGCAAUCAAGCAGUCCAAGCUCAACCCCAGUGAGCGGGUUGGGGAAAGUAGGGUCUCCUGUUUCUCUGGAAACAAGUGCAAAGAAGGCAGAAGCCCCGGCAACAGCAGCGAUCGAGGAGAGUGCACCAGGGAGUGGUAAGGAAUGUAAUGCCACUGCAGCGACGUCCAAGACUGGUUCUGAACCAUCCCCUCAAGGACAAGUGGAGGAAACUCCUGUGAGCAAUGAGAGGGGUGACGAGCCGGCUCGUCAUGUGUUCUCCUUCUCCUGGUUAAACUCAUUGAAUGAAUGA